UGCGGAGUCGAUAUGUAGGCAUUCAGACCCAUGACUUUACUGGCUUAGUUUUCAAACUGUAAAUUAUGUUCGCUGCCAUAUCUUGUUAAACCGGGACACCCAAGGGAUGUAGUAUUAGUAAUAAGUAUAAAAAACGACAAAAUAUGAACUUCACCAACAUAAUUUUCUCCGCCGAAAUCCCACUGUGCGGCGUCUAAUCCUAUUUUGUUCCAAAAUUUUACUUCACAUACCAAUUUUCAACAAUUUGGAUACAAUAUUUACUGAAAUAUCGUAGAUUUAUCUAAAUUGACAUAGUUGGGUUCGCCUUACAUUCUCGGGGUUCUAGCAACAUGACCGAUUGAAGCCAGGAGCCGAAUUUCCCAGUAAAAGAGUUCAAAAUAAAAUGGAAAAGUCUGCAGGAUAGGUACCGACGGGAAAAAAAUGUUGAAGAUCGUCCAUCUGGCUCUUCCCAAAAGUUGGGUCCACCUUGGAAAUACCGAGAAAGCCUUGAGUUUCUAGCGGACUCAAUGGAACCGGCCAGCACAACCUCGAAUGUCUUUGAAGAGGACGAAGCUACUGUGGAGUGGUUACAUGGCGAGAACUCUAAUCCUUCGCCGCAAACACCCACACUAAAACGCAAAAAUUACCUUAUGACGGAAAUUUUAACGGCGAUGAAAAGCAAGUAUGGGGAGGAGUCAACGCCGGCUAAAAAAGACAAAUACGAAAAUUUCUUUGCCUUGCUAGGCGAAAGGCUAGAUCGACUCCCUGAGCAUGAGGUUGACGAAGUUCAGGUGGAGAUUUUGCAAUUGGUUAACCGUAAAUUAAAUAAACACUAAUGUUAUUAGUAUUAAGUCAUGCUUGUACUGUAGUUAAUUUUUUUACAAUAUUUGCGAAGGCAUUUUAUGCCAAAUCCUUUUCGUAAACUUUGUUUAAAAAUAUAGUCCAAUGUAUGUAUGUAUGUAUGUACAGCAGUGUUCACAAUAAUAGCAGCAAUAAUGUUUUGAACUUAUGCUUAUUAAUUUGUUAUUAGUAACUUUCAUUUAAAACACAGUUCGAUCUAUAACAGGAACCACAUAAAUGCAAGUUUCAAACUUGCACAUUUUUUGUGACCAUUGUGAACACUGCUG